GAAUGUAAUACGUGUAUAAUACGUGUAUAACACGUGUAUGUUAAGAACCAGGACGUCAGCGCGGAGGAGAACAGUACCAACCGGGCAACUGUCACGCAUCAACAGCUCUCGCGGGAGGGGCCCCCUUUGGCGCAUACCUACAUCGGGGGUGAACGAUUCCGCAAGGGGGGCGGUUCACAGGUAUUGACGUGCUUACUAUCCGAUCGGUAGCCGCUUGCUAUCCGCUUGCUAACCGCUCACUAUCCGCUCACUAUCCGCUAAUCAUCACGCGGAGUGCCCCCCCCACGCACAUGGUCACCGAAAAGGAGCAUUAAAAAUAAGGGAUUUUGGGGCUGGACCUUUGCUGGAUCUUGCCUGCGAGCAAGGGGAGGCGCACCUUUCGCGUGGAAGCGAUUGGCGGCAGCUCCGAGGGAGCACUCGCAGCACUACCACUACCGCUGCCAUUGCCAUUACCACACCGCUGCCAUACCCGCUUGGCCCAGUUGGCGGAUCCCCCCCCCAGGCAGCAUGAAAAUCCGGAAGCACGACUUCGUCCUGAUCGACGACGAACUCAAGUGCCGGCUGCACAAAGUGGUGGACAUGAAAAUAAAAAUAAAAAAAAACUACCUCAAUUUGAUUUUCCUUGUGAAUAAAAAAUACGGCUCGACAUACACGUACGUAAACAACAAGUGGGUUAGGAGCAAAAAGAAAAAAAAUAAAUUAGAAAUCGAUUUUCAAGGAGAUAUCAAAGGAACAAACAAGGACAUCUUCCAGAAUGCAAACUCGCAAAAGUUAACAGAAGAGAAUAUCUUAGAGCUGAAAGAAAACCCCAACGAAAAUCCCUACGAAGUUAUAAAACAGCUGGUAGACAAUUCCUCCACGUAUAAAGACAAAACGGUCAUAUCAAAAUUUAAAUAUAUAGAAAAAAAACUGAAAAGGCAUUUGUGCCAGUUUACUGUUUACGAGUGUAGCAUUGUUAACUUGGUUAAUUUUUACUACAAAUAUUUUCCCGAAAAAAUCUCCUCCGUUAGGGUUGAUUAUCUAUCCUAUUUGUUGUUCCACUUAAAUAGGGACGUCCUUCUCCCCUGGGAGGGGGACUCACAAGGUGGUGGCGAAACGGCGGAAGGGGAGGAAAGCACGCAAAUGUUUUGUGAAGAUACGGAAAAAUUUGAUGCAAAUCCCAGCGCAAACCACCUGCACACCUUCUCCACGCGAAAACCAAAUGUAAUCAUUUACGACGACUCGUUUGGCCUACUAACGAGCACGCUCAACAUCGUCUAUGCCCACCACGUGAAUAUUUUUUCUUUGAUUUAUAAAAACGCCUCCAAUUCUAUCAUCCCCAGCUUUGGCAUUCCCAAAAGUGCAAACAUUGCAAAGGUUAGCAUCCUGCACGCCUCCCACGCGACGCGACUGAACACGGGGGAGUGGCUCGCCAUCGACGGGAGGUGCGAGCUCAUUGGGAAAGGGGGGGAAGCGAGAGAAGCGGUAGAAGUGGGCGAAGCGGUAGAAGUGGGCGAAGCGGCCCAAGUGGGGGACGCACCCGAAGGGGAAUGUCGCAAGCGGAGAAUGGACCAGGUCGACCACGUUGGGAAUCUCCCCUGCCCCGCGGCUGACCAGACGGCCGACCCCACGACCGACGCAGCGCCCCCCACCAACAAGCGUGCAAAGAAUGCACACGAGGACGAAGCGGACGAGGGGGACAAAGCGGACGAGGUGCACAGCACAAUCGCGCCCGACCACCCCCCACAGCUGCAACACAUGCUGAUAGACCACAUGAACAGCCGAGGCGCGGAAGCAUUCGUCGCCAUCAUUUCGAGCGACUUCAUCUACAGCACGAACACAGACGUGUGUCUCCUCGUAGACACACUCAUCAACGUGGCCCUCAAGUUCCUGAAAAAUGAUAGCAAGCUAAUUAUCCACACGGACGAUUUAAAUUUGUCGAGUCUAUUCUUAAAGGGUCUAAUGGAUACCGGCUCGUUCAUAAACGUGAAGCUCAAUGAGUUUUUGCUUCGAGAGCAGCAGGUGGUGAAGCGGCGCACGCACCCAGUCAUCAAGAACGCCAAGCUGGGCGACGGGUUUUUGCUCACCGCGCUCAAGGUCGAGGGGGCCGCCUAG